AUGUCUGCACCCAACGCAGGUCGUCAAUCCCCAGAGCCGGAGACCCAGACCGGUGCCCAACAAGGAGAUCAUCCCGCUCAACCCGGUAGCGGAAAGAUCGAUGAGUCCAAGGGGAAAGAUGAGGGCAAAGAUGACCAGCUCUCCGGCCUGUCGAGCAACCCAAAGCACGUCCUUCAGGAACAUUCCGAUGCCUCAACUUCGAAGACGACAUGA